UUGUUAUUUAUCCAGUCCACGCACAAUUGUGUUCCCAUUAUCCCCCGACAAAUGAUGUUUUAGUGGACAAUAGACGUUGAAAAGAUACUCUGAGGGCUGGGAAAGCCUUCCGAGGGGCUCUGAGGUGUGAAAAUCACUGGGGGAAUUUUAUUUCGUGGAUCUCUGAGGUGUCUCGGGAGUAUGACAAGUGGUGAGUGGGUUUGGGGUUAUUAGCGGUGGAUUUUUCGGUGUCUUCGGGGUGUUCUGAGGAGUUGAGGUGUCUCUGGAGAUCAUGGAGCAGCAGGGGAGUCUGCAGGAGGGUGUCGUGAAGGAUGUUAGGACGCUUUUGUGGGGAAAUUGCCCGAAGGACGAUGUUUUCCAGAGAUGGGCGCAAGGCUUUCAAUUCUCGCAAGACGAGCCAACAGCCCUCGUCCAGGUGGAGGGAGGCCCCUGUGCAGUAAUAGCACCUGUUCAAGCCUUCAUCCUCAAGGAUCUGCUGCUGGAGGGGCCUCCGGACACCUGGAAGAACGUGACCACUGAGAAACAGGAUCGUUUACUCGUCAGAGCUGCCAUCGAGAUAAUCGCUCAGGCAGCAGACCCAAUACAUCCAACUUACUCUUUGAUUCAUCUUGACACUGACAGCAGUGGAGAUAAUCCAAUGGCUAAUGGAGAAGUAUCGACUGAGGAGGCACAGCCCUUGUUUACUUCAGAUUAUUUUCACUCCAGGCUCAGAAUAUUUUCAACAAUUUCCCUCGACGAAGUUGAAAAAUACCUAGCCCAGAGGAUAGAAUCCCUCAAGGAGCCAUUCGGUGUGCUACUCCUGCUUUAUACAGUCGUUUGUACCAAAGGAAUCAACGGAAUGAGAAGUGAAAUGUCAGAUCCCACUGAACCAGUGAUAGAUUCGAUUUAUGGGUAUGGGAGUCAGAGUCUCAUUAAUCUGAUGCUCACGGGGAGAGCUGUCAGUCACGUCUGGGAUCAUGAUCAAGAUAUUGGUGGAUUACAAUUACGAGGAAUUGACAAGCAAAAUACUGUUGGUUUUCUGGCACUGCUGGAGCACCUGCGUUACUGCGAAGUUGGAGCAUUCCUCAAGUCCCCAUCGCACCCUGUCUGGGUGCUGGGGUCAGAGACACAUCUCACAGUCCUCUUUUCAACAGAUCGAAGACUGGUGACUCCAGAGACACCAGCGGAAUAUGCCCGAAGAGUCUUCAAAAAAUACGACCCCGAGGGCAACAAUUUCAUACCUGCUAAUCUCCUCCAGGACGUUCUCGCUGACCUGGAACUUGUUGCUGAUGAUGAAUAUGUUGAUAUAAUGAAGAAGAAACUGGACAACGAAUCCUUAGGGAUAAUUCUCUUGGCUUCAUUUAUGGACGAAUUCUUCCCGGAGGAACCCCGAACGUGUCCAGACACCUUCACCCUGUAUCAUUACAAUGGUUUACCUCGUUCAAACCCAGAUAAUCGUGUGCGUUAUCACACUGGUGAUGCUGUGCUGCUGGAGUGCACAGUAAAGUGCAUUUUGGACAGCAACCCCAUGCUCACAGUUCUACAGACCAAGUGGCCAAGCAUCGAGGUGCAGUGGGACAUUGGCAGAACACCAAGUCUGAAUUGAUCGGUCUAUUAAUUCAGGAAAUUUUAUCGUUCGUUUAUGACUGAUUAUUCACAUUUUUUUACAUGUCUUGAUGAAUGUAGGAUUAUCUGCGUGAUGAGUGGGUUUAGGAGGAACUUUCAUAAGACAUCUUUCGUUGGAAAUUUAAUUUUCUACAAAAAAUGUUUUAUCACAUUUUCUUCUGAACCCAGUCGUUUUUGAGAUAUCCGCAGAAAUAAACAUUGCGAAAUUCAUAAAUUCACUUGAUCAAACAAAAAAUCAAAUUCUUAUUAAAAAAUUAUUUUCUUUGUUUAUUUAGUGAAGAAUAUUUUCUAAAAACUAUAGAAGAAAUAUUCUUGUCAAUGAAAAGGCAAUAAAUUACGGAUAAUUCAAUAUUUAGGGGGGAUAACAGUGGGUAAACAAUUUUACUCCAUGAUUAAUUAAUAAAAAUGACACAUUGGACAACUUUCUUUUGCUAAGAACGAUGAAAUAAUGAAUGAAAAAUAAUAAUGAACUGUGAAUAUCGUCGAAUGCUUAAUUGCAUAGAUUUAUUAAAUUAAUAAAUUAAUAAAUACAUGAUAAUUAUACAUAUAGUACAUAAAGAAUAGAAAAAAUAGGAAAGGGAGCCUUCGUAAUUGAUAAUUAUCGUUAAGUAAAUGAUUAAUUAUUCACUGAGUUAUUUAAAUAAAUGAGACAUGCUAUUUCAUGUUUUCAACCAGUG